AUGAAGGUUCUCUUAUGUCUCGCAGCUUUGCUGUUGUUGGCGGCAGCCAUACCUCCCCCCAACUCAACUGAAAACCCCUUGGGAGGCCGCCAGAUCACAGAUCCAAAUGUUCUGGCGGAGCUUCAAGCCCGACACGAGCACAUACUCGCCAUGUUGAAGGACGGCGAAAGAGUUUCUGUGCCUGUCGAUGAACUCACCAACUAUAUGCAGGGCUCAUUACGGAGGCGCGUACUUCCGUUUGUCGUCCCUGCCAUCCUUGGUCUAGAAAUCGCCUUCGAAGCUGGCCGCGCCGGCACAGACAUCAUAGGAGGCCUAUUUGCAAACCUGUUGAGCGUCUUUACGAAAGAUGAGUACAAUAUUUGGACAAGCACCGACCACUGUCGCACGUAUUUCCAGACACAUAGCGGCAGCGAGGGACUCUUCCAAACCUGGGCGCGUGAUUCCCAGAAUCCCGACACCAAUGACAACAUGUACAUAGCUUGGAUUAACCCACAGACCACCGCACCGCCCAUCUACUACUUCGAAAACGACUUUCUUGGCAAAUACAGUGUCCAGUUUACUGCAACAGAUCAGGUUGCCUGGAGCGGCAUUAAUGAUACUGAAAAGUGCCCCUUUGAGGGUAUAUGCAACCCUCAGUACAUCUUCUACCACAAUGGAUAUAGCAUCAUCCUCAAUACAUGGCAGUCUCAGGGAUAUAUUAGCGCGUGCCAGUAUUCACAUGGCGGGGACUGCAGAGGCCUGUGUUCCUCCGGUGUAAGGGACCAGUUCUCGCAGAACGGUGUCGUCUGGGGCGGCAACUGUGCCCUUCCCUGCAAGACGGACGGCGGCGAUGGCUACACAGUCCAACCCGAUCCACCAAAACCACCAAAACCAAGUGCCAAAGUGAUGGUGGUAGGAGAUUCGAUCUCGCAUGGGAUGGAGGCCGACUGGACCUGGCGCUGGCGUAUCUUUGCCUGGUUACAGGAUAAUCUGGGCUACGAUGUCAGUUUCGUCGGGCCUUGGUUUGGCACACAUGGGCCGGGUCUGCCCCAAGCCGCCCUGCCGCAGCCACCCCUUUUCCCGGGAGAAACUGCUCCGGAAAUUAAAGAAGUGACCGGUCUCUACGCUGACGGGGUGCCGGGCUUCUUCGGCGGUUCCCAUCAUGCUUCGUGGUGGGGCCGGCAGGUGGCGCAGUCGAAGGAUACCAUCAAAGCCUGGGUCAAGGAGCACCAGCCAGAUUAUCUCUUUGUCCUUCUCGGGUUCAAUGACCUGGGUUGGUUUGUGAGCGGCCCUGAAGAUCUUGUCGGCAACAUGGGGGCACUAGUGGAGAACGCGCGCGAGGGCAAGCCAGACGUUAAGAUCCUUUUGGGCAACGUGGUGCACCGCUCAUUCAUCAAAGGCCGCCAGGACCUUGUCGACAAGACGAACACGUACAACAAGCUGCUGCGCGACAGGUACCCAAGCUGGUUCCGAUACGAGUCUCCCAUCGCCUACGUCGACGUCAACGCUAACUAUAACUGCCGCCCUGAGGGUUGUCCUGACGGCUACGAUGGACUGCAUCCUAAUUCGAUGGGCGAGUACCAUAUCGCGCAGGCUUUUGCCCGCAGCCUUAAGGCCGACUUUGGAUUUCAAGGUCCGGACUUCGUGGUUCCGGCCAACCCGGAGCCGAGGGUCGUCAGCACGCCAACCGGUGUGCAAACUUUCUCAUUCCCAGAGGGCUUGCAGACGGUUUGGAAUAGGGUUCCAACCGCCCGAGGCUAUGACAUACGCUCUCGAGUCCAGGGGAUGACGAGUUGGUGGUCUGAGGGCCAGGUCUUCCCUGACACUAUUGCCAGCUGGAGCACAUGGCUGCUAGACGGGCAGACGUGGGAGUUCCAGGUCCGCACCCGAGGUGACAACGGCGAUGUGUCCGGCUGGUCGGAGAUCACUAAGGCUACGACUCACCUGCAGACGUCUCCGGGGCCCCCAAACAUCGUGGCAGUGCCGUCGGGGGCCGACGGCAUCCAGCUUUCCUGGGGACCCGUUACGGGGUACAGUGUCAACCGGUACGGAGUGAUCGUGUGGGACAGGGACACUGAGGGGGCUUUCAUCGAGAUACACGCCGCAUCGGGGACGAGUCUGUUUGUCGGUGGGUUGAAACCCGGGCACCGCUACGCAACUUGGGUGGCUACCUACGUCAAUCUGAAGAGCAGCGUGACAGGGCAGCCCUACGCUGCGGGAGGCUUGCCGGCGGCGGGUCUCGAGGUCAUCGUCGGCGCAGGAGCGCCCGCGCCGCCCACGAACCUGGCCGUUACCAACGUUGACCCCACCACCGUCCAACUCCGCUGGACCGCCUCGGCCGGCGCCUCGGGAUACGCGGUCUAUGUCCGGAGCGUGCGGGACAACAAGUUCAACCCGGGCGCCAAGACAACUGCGACGACGUACGGUGUGGCUUUCCUAUUCCCUGGGACGUGGAACUACGAGUUCUGCGUCUCGGCGUUUAAUGGGAACCUCGAGACCGCGCACACUGCGUGCGUGAUCCCGCCUGUUUAUCCCGGGUACUCAAAGAGAGACGAGGUCCAGGUCUCCGGUAACAGCAGCGUCGUCACAAACACCAGCCCGGUAUACAACUCUACAUACAAUUCUACGACUAUGAUCGAGGACAAGCGGCUUCCGAUGCUAUUAAAUCUCCUCGCCCAGAGUGGUGGGAACAGCAGCAUUCCUCUCCUCUAA